AUGGAAAAAGACAUUGAAGAAAAAUUUAUGCAUGGUGGUAGAGGACCUGGUGGACAAAAGAUCAAUAAAAGUAAUAGUAAAGUACAAUUGAGACAUAUACCUACUGGAAUUGUUGUUAAUUGUCAAGAGACUAGAUCACGAGAUAAAAAUAGGAAAAUAGCUAGAUUAAAACUAGCUAUGGAAAUAGAAAGAUUUAAAAAUGAUGAUAAUAUGAGUGCAAGAGACAUUGGAUUAUUAAAGUUGAAUCAACAGAAUAAGAAAAGUGCAAUGAAAAGAAGUCAGUUAAAGCAUGAGAUUCAUAAAAAGGAAAAUGAAUUAAAUAGAUUAAAACAGUUAGAAGAUGACGAAGAGCUAAUCAAAAAAAUGUUUAAAUAA